CAUGAUAGGACGUAGAUGAUGACUGCUGUGGUUGCUUUCCAGAACGAUCGCGAGAUGACCACGGUAUGGCAAGGGGCCUCAACAACGGGCGGUGAUUGUGAAAACCAAGUAGCUGAGACGGCUCUUCUAGCGGGGGCGACGACAAAGAAGGAAAAUGAGCAGUUCCAUCAUCCAGAUUCGUGAAAGGCAUAUCUGCAGACAGGUCCAUAUCAUCUGACAAAGGAGGGGGCCAUAACGGCGGACAAAAUGGGUCUGCAGGAGACUGGCUAUCGUCCAUUAGUCUGGUCUUGUGCAAAGCAGGGACAAAAUCCGAAUUCCUAUCCGACGAAUUACACAAUCUAUGCGAAUUCCAAGUAGGGGAGAGAGGCGAUAGGAGCGGAAGGGCCAAGCUAUCCGAGUAAACGGAUGCCUCUGGCGGGUCGCUCUGCCUUUCAUUGUCUUCAGAUGGGCCUCCAGAUGAUUCCACAAUAUUCUCGUCCUCUUCAUCCUCAUACUCGAACGAUGGAUCAUCGUCGUACUCAGGCAAUGUGCAAAGUGUAUGAGGCAAGGUUGGCGGUGGCGUUAGAGGUUUGUAGUUCGAAAUGUCCUCGCGACGCAUGGCCAAUGGAGAAUCAAGGACGGAUGAUGCCUGCGAUGAGAAAAUCGGGAUAAAAUCGUCGCUUUCUUCUGGUAAUGGGACAGUGUAUUUGGAUGUAGAACUGGUGGACGGGGGUGAUGGAUACACGUUAGACAGAUUGCGAUAAUGGGCGCAGGGCGAUUCGUGAGAUGCCUGGUGUACAAAAGACAAGUGGGACGAAGCACGUUGUGGAGGACGCUGGGCAGGGUAUGGCGGAUUGCAUAAAUCGAUACCUGAAUGGAGCCAGGGUGAUGUGGAGAUGGAUUCGUGUGAUGUCGAAGAUGUGUUGACUUGAGAGGUGGAAAAAAGCGGAAAAGUGUGGGUUGGCC